AUGGAGCUGUGCGGACGUCAAAAGGUCGCGCAGCGCAAGAUGGUGCUGCUAGGUGAUGGUGCUUGUGGCAAGACUUCCGCGCUGAACGUGUUUACAAGGGGCGAGCCUACGGUGUUCGAAAAUUAUGUCCACGAUAUCUUCGUCGACAAUGUACAUAUGGAACUCUCGUUAUGGGACACAGCUGGACAGGAGGAAUUUGACCGGUUACGCGCGCUGUCGUACGAAGAUACCCACGUGCUUAUGCUCUGCUUCAGUGUGGACAGCCGGGAUUCGUUCGAGAACGUUGGCUCCAAGUGGAUUGCGGAGAUCAAUGAGAAUUGUCCCGGAGUCCGGGUUGUGCUGACCGCAUUGAAGUGCGACUUGCGAAAGGAUGAUGAGAUGAACGAUAGGCCAGAUUGCGUCUCGUUCGACGAGGGCUUGGCAAAAGCCGAGGAAAUUGGCGCCGUCAAGUACCUUGAGUGCUCUGCGGUCCAAAAUCGAGGCAUCCGAGAGAGCUUCUAUGAAGCAGCCAAGGUUGCGCUUGAAGUGAAGCCUGUCGGAGGCAAGGGACCUAGUGGAGGCUGCGUGAUUCUUUGA